AUCGCCUUCAAAAUUACCUGAUCCACAAGUCACAAAGGAUGCGUUUCGCCUCUCCAAUUGUCUUCGCCAUCAUUACUGCCCUAGCAUCAUCAAUCUCUGCAACCAGUGACACGGCUGGCCAUCUUUGUAUCCAUACUUGCUACUCGGACAUACAAUGCGUUAUUCCAGCAUGCAAUUAUCAUGGAUGCUGGCAGGCUUUCUUUUUUUGCAUGGUGAGUCGUGUUUUUGCUCUCACAUCGGUGCAAUAUGGCCGUUGACGCUGAUGCGUGAGUUACUAGUGAUCUGUAGCGUUUAUUGACGCACAUCAGGAAGCAAUCGUUUCACCU